AUGGUCGUCCUCACAUCCGUGCAAGUCGUCGACAUUCUCGGCGUCCUGCAGACCAACAUCAAUACCACAAUUACCCUAGCCGACAUCUUUAUCGCUAUCAACCGUACUGCUACGCCAGCUAAACAGAACGAUCACUUGGCGCAUUUCACCCAGCAACCAAAUGGCAGUUACAUACUCAGUCCCCGGUCGGGCUUUCGCACUAUGGUCGGUGCGUAUAACCAUGAGCUGAAGAAGAACUUCAGCAAUUACAGAGACAACUGGCCUGAUUUCUGGACCGGGCUCCACGAGAACCCGAUUCCAAGUGUCUUGAGUAAUCGAUACGUUGUAGAUGCGACGCCUGAAAAUCCGAAUCCUACCUAG